AUGUCGAGUCUAGAGGCUAGCUCGAUACAAUACGUGUCUUAUCAAUCGGCUGUGAGAUUACUGCAAAUCACUAUAGAAGAUAUGCACCGACUAGCGUUCGUCGGGGAAGGGAGAAGGGACACUCACAGGAACUGCUCGGAGCAAUCCAGCGAUGACGGUGGAAAGAAAAGACUCCUUUCGUUCUGCGAGCUACCAGAGAGUCCAGAGGCUAGCUCGAUACAAUACGUGUCUUAUCAAUCGGCUGUUGGAUUACUGCAAAUCACUAUAGAAGAUACGCACCGACUAGCGUUCGUCGGAGAAGGGAGAAGGGACACUCACAGGAACUGUUCGGAGCAAUUCAGCGAUGACGGUGGAGAGGAGAGAAUCCUUCCGUUCUGCCAGCUGCCAGCGAGAUGGAGCCGUCUCAACCUUCACAAGCGGUACUCAAAGUUCCAAAUUGACAACGGCAUUGACGGGAAGCUCCGUAGCAGGCGUUUCCAGCGUGAAGCAUCAGAAUAGUCGGCCGCCGCUCAGGAAGAAGCUGAAGGAAUCAACGGCAGAGUCAGAAAACAAACACGCGCCGUCUCGACAAGUGAAGAGGUUUUGUCAUCGAGUUAAACAGGUCUCCUUCUCGUCGACUUGAACGGCAGCAGAGCAGACGCAGGAUCCGGUAUUCCAGCGCACGAAAUCCGUCAAGCAAGUCGGCUGCAGCUCAGAGUUGCGACCAGUCAAGACGGAGCUGAUAAAUG